AUGGCCUCCCAUAUUCCCAACCUAAACACUCUACGACGAGGCCGAGGCCGAGGCCGUGGCACAAGUCGCACAGAAGAAGCUGGACUCCCUUCUGGAAAAGACCGCAUCGUCCAAGGCACAGACAAUGACGCAAGCGUGUCCCGCCUCAGCGCCGUCGAGCUAGGCUAUCUAGAGGAUGUGUACGCGGCAUCAUUGACACCUGCCGGGUCGGCGACGCGUAGAUUGCCAAUCAUCAACAGAGGAACCUACGCCCGCACAACAGCUAUCGACCAGCUCGUGGCGCGUUUCCUCGGCCCGUUCUCACCGGAAAAUACACACAAGAAACAGAUCAUAUCUCUAGGUGCCGGGUCCGACACGCGCGUCUUCCGGCUUCUCUCGUCGCGCCAAACCCCGGACUUCGUUUACCACGAGCUCGAUUUCGCCGUCAACACAGCGGAAAAGAUCCGCGCGAUUAGAUCGGCGCCUUUGCUACAGAGGGCGCUUGGGAUUGACUCGUCGCAGGCUUCGUCGGAAAAGGAUACUCGAAUUACUGUGUCGGAGGCGGGGGACGCGCUCCAUUCGCCCUCGUACCAUGUCCACCCGGUUGAUCUGCGGUCGCUGUCGACAUGCAGUGACCCUGCUGGAGCACUGCCAGGUGUGGACACGGGAUUGCCGACUUUGCUGAUCUCCGAGUGCUGUUUGGUCUACCUAUCGCCUACUGAAGCGGAGCAGGUAGUUGCGUUCUUUACGCAACGCCUUUUUGGUCAUGGGCAUCCACUAUCCGGGCCCGGAGACAUCUUGCAGGAGGCGCGGGUAAAUGUUCCUCCGCUUGGGUUGAUUCUUUAUGAGCCUAUUCGGCCCAAUGAUGCCUUUGGUCGUACGAUGGUGUCGAACCUUGCGGCGCGGGGCAUCCAGCUCAAGACUCUCGCUAGGUAUGCAUCGCUUGAGGCGCAGCGAGACCGCUUCCAAGAUCAGGGCUUUGGGGAUGGCCAGGCUGCCGCUGAUAUUGAGUUUAUUUGGAAGAAGUGGGUUAACGAAGAUGAGAAGGAAAGAGUUGCUGGGCUAGAGAUGCUGGAUGAGAUGGAGGAGUGGCAAUUGCUUGCACGGCAUUAUUGCAUUGCUUGGGGAUGGAGAGACCGUGAUGAUGUCUUGGCUUUUGCUGGGUGGAAGGACCUACAAGCUCAGCAAGGCGAAUAG